GUGGGGCUCCCGCCUGGCCCGGACACGGACACAUGCACAGCCCUCUCCCCGCGCAGAUGCCCACACUUGCGAUGCAGUGGGUCCCAGCACCAGAGGCCUCGCGGGGCAGCUGCACAAGCCAAGGAGCCAACCCCCGGCAGCCACUCGCCGGCACCCACCGGGCCUGGGUGAGGAGGAGAAUGAGCAGAGCCCAGGCCCCGGGCGGGGCCAUCCCUGGCCGUGGGGAGCUGGGAGCAGGGCUGCCAGGUGUGCCCACCUUCACCUCACCUGAGCGGCCCCAGCAGCGCCAGCCGAGUCCUCUCUGGCUGCAGACCUCGCCCUGGGGCCACCCUCGCCGCAGACCUCUCCUAGCAGCAGCCCCUCACCACUGGCCUCUUCUGAAGUCCAAUCCCCUCUCUCUAGGAGUGAUAAAGCGUCGUGCCCCUGAGGUCCGUCCGAACCGUCGCUGUGCACUAGUUCAUUCCUCUUCACUGCCCGGGGUGCUCCACGGCGCGGACGGACAGACCACUGGCGGCGUAGCCUUUCACCCGCCGGAGAACACGCAGGUUGUUUCAGCUUCGGCUGUUCCGUAUAAAGCUGCUCUGGACACGUGUGCGCGCAUUGUCAUGUGGGCACGGCUUUCAUUUUACUGGAAUAAAUGCCCAGCAGUGUGAUUGCCGAGUCACGCGGAAAAUGUAUGUUUAGUUUCUUACGAAGCCGCCACUGUUUUCCCUUGUCGGUGCCCCUGUGCGUUCCCACCAGCAGUGGGGGAUCCAGUUCCUCUGCGCCCUCGCCAGCAUUUGGUGUGGUCGCUGUCUUUAAUUCCAGCUCUCCUACCAGGUGUGUGACGGUCACCGUCUCCUGUGUUCAGUGGCUGUCAUGAGGUCUCAUCGGUGAGAUUCCUCUUGUCUCCUUUGCUCAUUUCAUACCUGGAUGGUAUGAUUUUUUCACCGUGGGGUUUCAAGACUUGUCUGUAUGUUCUGGAUACGGGUCCUUGGUCAGAUACGUGAUUUGCAAAUAUUUUCUCCCUCUGGGACUUGUCUUUUCAUCCUCUUAACAGAGUCUUUUGCAGAACAAAAGUUCUACUUUUGAUGAAGUCAAAUUUGUUGAUUUUUUUUUAAAUGAAUCAUGCUUUUUCUCUAAGGAGCCUUCACCAAGCCACGGGUCCCAAAGAUUUUCUCCUGCAUUCUCCUAAAAGUUUUUUAGUUUUACAUUUUACAUUUAAAUCCCCAUAAUCCAUUUCGAGUCAGGUUUUUAUGAGGUGUGAGGUUUAGGUCACAGUUCACUUCUUUGCCUGUGGACGUGCAAUUUCUCCAGCACCGUUUGUUGAAAAGACCGUCCUUCCGGCUUCCCGUGGCCUCCACAGGCCUCCGACCCUCCCCAACCCCUCCCCUCCCCGACCCUGAGUUAGCUGCUCGGGGCCUGUCCCCUCGGCCCACCGGGUGCCCUCACCCCUCGGACACCAGCUGUGUUGGCACGUCUUUCUCAGCACCCCUCAGACGGCCACCUGCACGCUCUGGACCUCUCGUGGCCCCCCUGUCCCCAACGCCUGGGGCCGCCCCCACGCCCAGUCCUGGGCCUGGCAGGGGUGUGGAGCAUGACCAGCUGACAGGUGGGCUCCUCCCCAUGCUCCCCCUCCUCAUGUGGCCCCUUCUCAGGAGCAGCCAGGCCCUUUGUCCUCCUGGCCUCACAUUUCGCUUGUCUGUUUGAGGAGAAAGCAGGAAUAAUUUGAAGCCAAAGGCUCGGCUGCUUGUUUCAACAGCCCCCUCCUGUCUCUGAACGAGAGGAAGCUGAGGGUCUGGAGGAGAAGAGCAGAGGGAAUGUUUUCAAAGACAAAGGACCCCAGAACAGCAGCCUGAGGAAGCACCCUGGGGGUGAGGGUGGGGCCCUGGGCGCGGGCUCCCUAGCUGGGCAAAGGCCCUGGCACCCGCAGGUGUGGAAGCAGCGGGCCCACCAGCAGACCCUGGGCCGAUCCCACAUUUUCCAGGCUAUACUUCCGCUUUACAGAUUGGGGCGGGA